GGCGGCAAGGAGGAUACAUCGGUUUCGUGAAAAACUUAUGAAAUUGUGGUCUGAUUGAGGCAAAACCUCGUAUCGUCAACGCUUAAUAUGAAGCUUGUAAGCAAGAGCUUCGAGAAAGAUAGUAGUGGGCAUGUCACUCUAAUCCCUGAUGAGGCAGAGGAUAUGUGGCAUGCUUACAAUCUGAUUGCUGUUGGGGAUCGUCUUAGGUCUACUACCAUAAGGCGAGUUCAGACUGAGUCAGCUACUGGUUCUGUCAGCAGUAACAAGAUUAGAACGACCCUCACUCUUGCUGUUAAAAACAUAGAGUUUGACACUCAAGCUUGUGUUUUGAGAGUCAAUGGACGAAAUACAGAGGAAAACCAGUUUGUUAAAAUGGGAGCUUACCAUACUAUAGAUCUUGAACUGAAUAGAAAGUUUACUCUUAUAAAGGACCAUUGGGAUUUCAUAGCACUGGAUAGAGUAGAGACAGCUUGUGAUCCUACUCAACAUGCAGAUUUAGCAGCAAUCAUUUUACAUGAAGGGCUGUGCCAUAUAUGUUUAGUAACCUCAAGUAUGACGGUUGUCAGAGCAAAAAUUGACAUGAAUGUUCCAAGAAAAAGAAAAGGUUACUGUGCUCAGCAUGACAAGGGACUUCUAAAGUUUUAUGAUGCAAUUAUUCAAGGGAUCCUCAGGCACAUCAACUUUGAUGUUGUAAAGUGUGUACUGGUUGGAAGUCCAGGAUUUGUGAAGGAUCAGUUUUUUGAUUACAUGAUUCAACAAGCAACAAAAUUGGAAUGGAAAGUUUUAUUAGAGAACAAAUCAAAGUUUCUUUUGGUGCAUUCUUCAUCAGGACAUAAGCAUGCUUUGAAAGAAAUUUUAUCAGAUUCUUCAAUUGCAAGCAGGCUUGCAGACACAAAGGCCAGCAGCGAAGUAAAGGCCCUUGAUACAUUUUAUUCUACACUUCAAAAUGAACCAGACAAAGCUUAUUAUGGAAUUGGUCACGUCGAAAAAGCCAACGAAGCCAUGGCGGUAGAAACUCUUCUAGUUACGGACAAGCUCUUUAGAUCGGCAGAUCUCGCAACUCGUAAACGAUAUGUCAACCUUGUCGAGAGCGUGAAAGAUAAUGGCGGGGAGGUCAAGAUAUUCUCAAGUCUGCACGUUUCCGGUGAACAACUUGGCCAGCUUUCUGGAGUUGCCGCACUUCUCCGUUUCCCAAUGCCAGACCUCGCUGACGAAGAAGAGGAAGACGACGGAUCAGAUUCGGAUCAGGACUAGACCGCCAGAACUCAUAGAAAUCAAAGAAAUAUCGUCUCUUUGACACUAAAUGGUGCACCAAAAACAGCAUCAUCUUUAGUCGAUGGGACAAUUAUGAAUUAUAUUCCUUGAAAGGCAGUGCCUUCUCAAUGCAUUCUACACUGGAAAAAAUCGCUCGCCGGGAACUCUUGUAAUGAUAGGAAUACGAUGUAAAUUCGAUUUACGGGAUAUUUACAUACAUUUCCCAUCAUAUUUACAGGGUUCAAAGCGCGCGAUUUUUUCCAGUGCUAGUCGCCAUAUUUAAUAAUUCCAUAGCUCAUUUUAAAGAGAUUUAAAUAUUAGAAAAUGGAAAUGAAUUUUUCUGAAAAUAAAAAUUAUGUUAUUUGA